GCAGUCAACGUUCGUUUGCACAGCUGGCUAGUUUUUGGAAAGGUGUUUGGCAUGGCCUGCCACUACAGGAAAACAACUGAUAUCCAGCUGCUAAAUACAGCCUAUACUGGAUAAAUCAAAAACCAUGAACCAUCUGAUUGCAUCUGAUCAACAAAAGCUCCUAGAUUUUAACUGCCUGUCCUUUACCCUGUCUUUUCAGACAGGAUGGCAAGUCCGGGGAAAGACAACUACAGGAUGAAGAGCUAUAAGAACAAAGCAUUGAAUCCUCAAGAGAUGCGUCGAAGGAGAGAGGAGGAAGGAAUCCAGCUACGCAAACAGAAGAGAGAGGAGCAGCUUUUCAAGAGGAGAAAUGUUUGUGUACCUUCAAAGGAUGAAUCAAUGCUGGAAUGUCCGAUCCAGGAUCCAGACAUAAGCUCCACAGUACCUGUUGCAGGGGAUGGGGUCAUAACUCCAGAUAUGAUUCAGAUGAUCUUCUCUGAAGACCCAGACCAGCAGCUUAUUGCUACACAGAAAUUUAGGAAAUUACUCUCCAAAGAGCCCAACCCGCCAAUAGAUGAGGUCAUUUCCAGUCCUGGCGUUGUGAAUUGUUUUGUGGAGUUCCUGAAGAGGAGUGAAAACUGCACUCUGCAGGUGAGAGCUUCACAACACAGCACAGGGUCUGUAUGCACAAUGCUAUGAUUAACAAAAAUAUAGUGCUUUUAC